UAGGAGUUGGUAACCCUGAUUUGAAGUUUGGUAAUUGGUUACAAAUUUUCAAUUUCUAAUCGCAGUUCAAAGAUAAUUAUAAUAUAUAUGGAAAAUGUAUUUUGUGUGCGAUUACGAUUUCCUAAAUAAUAAAAGAACUCUGUUUAUUCAAACGGACUACCGAUACCUUCUUACCAAUUCGACCACUGGCUUUAUUAUUUGUUUGUUUUUCACGCGAUAAAGAACUGUAAAAAUAUUUUUACAAUGUCUAAUGUUUAUCCAAAAUGUUAUUUUGGGUGUGUGAUUGAUGGACCAUUACAUUAUUUCCCUAAAGCAACUAGUUUUAGGUGGAAAUCUUGGCAAGACAAAAGGUAUCAAACGUGGAUAACAGUUCUCGAUGAAGAGACUCUCAACAAAGGACACGAGUAUAUAAGAAAAAACUUGCGGUUGUGCCAUAGGCACUUUGAUAGAUGUUAUAAAUUGUAUAACGGUGCUUUAUGUAGAACUGCAAUUCCAACAUUGAAUCUAGAACAUUAUACACCGGAUAUUCGUGAAACUAUGGUUGUAAUGACCAAAACAAGCACACGUCUCACCGAUAUUACUAAAGGAUUUUGGGAACAUAACUACUGCCUUACACAAGAAACUGUUCCCGAGCCAAAGAAAUUCUCAGAGCAAGAGCCCAACCAAGCAGUUCCAGUAUUAACAGGGGCUGGUGAAGAACUCGGCACUGAAACUGAAGUCACUCAGCCCGACUUUGAAGAUGAAAAUGAAGUUGAUAAUAGCAGUUCUACACUACCCGAAGCUCUGGCCGAAGAAACUGAUGUUCCCGAGUCAAAGAAAUUCUCAUGGCAGGAACACACCGAGGCAGUUCCAGUAUUAACAGAUGAUGUCGAGACGGAAGUAAUCGUGGACAGCGUAUCCAUGUACUGCGACGAUGGAAAGCACGACUCGCUGCUGUCGGAACAGCUGGACGAGGAUCACAAAGGUACUGCAGUGAGUCCCGCAGUAGACACGGCGUUUCGAUGCAACGUGUGCGACGCUGUUAUAGAUGGGUUCCGCUACACGUGCGUGCAGUGCAGCGACUUGGACCUGUGCGGCGCGUGCGAGGCCGACGGAGCGCACCACCAACACUACGUGCUGAGGGUUCCCGCCGACAGACAAGCGUCCGAGGUCCAGCUGGUGCUGUCCACAAUACGCCGGCACCUCAUGAGGAAACUGGAUCCCAUCACACAACACGAUCAGGAUCAGGAUGACGUUAUUAGUCUUAAGUCUGAAAUAAAAUCUGAAGAAGAAGAUAAUUGUAAUAACGAUAAUGAUGAUUCGGACUGUUGUCCGUCAUCACCUGAAGAUGAUGAUGUAUUAAUGAAAUUGACAUCUCCAGAACCAGCACAAAACAAGAGCGACGAAGCUGCUUCCUCCGUGGAGAUCGGCGAUGAGGCGCCGGCGCAGGAGUGCGACGCCAUCGAGAUCUACUUGACGCCGGCGGACUUGGUCAAAGUGAAAGACAUCGGAUUGCCGGGAGUACAAAAACUCAAGUUAAAUGAAGCGUCGUGUGUUAAUCUGGCGCCUCCGCAGUCACCGGUUGGACAAGCCCUUGUACUCUCGGCGGCUGCACCGGCAGACUCACGGCCGCGCGUCCGACAAGAAAUCGUACAGCCGCAACUUAAGAAGAGACGCCUCUCGUCUGACCUGAACCGCGACUCAAUAAGAGUGUUCUCCUACAACACGCACCACGUCAAGCCGGACUGCUAUGUCAGGCUGACAAGAUUGCCUGAUGCUGUCAUGAACCUCACAGAGAGAUUGUCUGCGCAGGCGCAGGCUCCGAGCGGCGACUUGUGGGACAGUAGAGACGAAGACAACAGAUGACAAGCGCGGUGUGUUACAGCCGGGAUAAAUCAUGCAUGAGCGACGUACUCAAUACGUCGACAUAAACAUGCUCUCAGAGAGAGGUGGAAAAUAAAUAUAAUUAUAUAAAUUAAAA